AUGUUUUUAAACAAUAUCUCAGACUCAGAUGAAGAUAAUAAGUGUGCUCCAAAAAUUUGCUUAGAUACUUUAGGAUUAAGUUAAGAAGUUGAUAAAAAUGUAGAAAUUUGAUUUUAGAUAGCAAGUCAACAAAAGUCAUAACUAAAAAUAAGAACUAUAAAAAGAAUUUAGGUGUUGGAGGAGCUAGCUAUGAGGCCUGCGAUAUUGAUCUUAAUACAUUCACAUUUGAAAAGAACAUAUUUAAUUAAGAGAAAAAAUAAUCGUGUGACUCAAUAGGAGAGGGAGUUGGUGAAUUUAAAUUAUUGGAAAUUCCAUAGGGAGCUUCUUAAGAUAUCUUAGAUCCAUUAAUUUUAUCAAAACAAGUUAGUUAAUCUUAAUAAUGUUAACGGGAUGCAAUAGAAACAAGUAAUAAUUGGGUUUUAGAAGAAAUUUAAAAAUAAUAAUAAUAUUUAGAAUAGAUAGAAAAACUUGAAUAAAUUGAGAAAUAAGAGGUAGAAGAGUGUCAAAUAGAAAUUUGCGAUUUUCUAGAAGCUGCAAUAUCUGAUUUAAUACCUAUGCCUCCUGUUUGCCCAUAUUCUGUAAACAUAACUCAAAUAAACUUGCCUGACUAAUUGUUAUCAUUUUUAAUUAAUCCAAUACCUACUGAAGGUAUGUUUUAAUGCAAAAUUGUACGAGAUAAAUCAGGACUCAAUAGAUUUAUGCCAAAAUAUAAGAUGUAUUGGUGUCACAAUAAUUAAUUUCUAUUAGCAGCAAAGAAGUCUUUAAAUAAGAAUAAGUUUAUUAUUACAUAAGACAGCGAAUUUAAACAAAAAGAUUAAGGAUAAAUAUUAGGAAAAGUUGAAUAAAGCAAACAAUCUAAGGCAGAUUAUUAUUUAUUUGAUAGUGGAUCGAAAAAGAAAGAAUCAAAUUCUAUUAAAAAGAUGAGAGUGUAAUUAGGGAGUGUAUUUUUUGAUACAAAUUACGAAAAUAAAGGUAGACCAAGAAGGAUGGCUUUAGUUUUAAGAAAAAGCGAAAAAGAAAUUGUCUAAUUUAUUAGUCGUAAACCUUAAAUUAUAAAUACGUAAUAAUGUAAUAUUUAUUAAUAUUGAAAAUUAGAGUAGAAAUUAUACACCUUAGAUUUUUUUGGCAGAGUUAAAAAAGCCUCUGUAAAGAACUUUUAAUUAGUGUUAAAAGGAGAAGAAAGAGAUCUCAUUUAUGUUUAAUUUGGAAAAAUUGACAAAGAUUAAUUUCACUUGGAUUUUAUGAGUCCGCUCAGUCCCUUAGUUGCUAUGUAAUUAGCUCUAUGUAAUUUUAAUUUUAAAGGGAAGGCCUGAAGCGGAAAUUUUUUUUAAUUGAUUAUUAUAUAAGGG